CAGGAUGUGUCUUGGAUGGGACACUGAAUCGUUCACACCACCGCCAUCAAUGUGGAGGAUGACAACUUACCCCUGCCCCAUAUUUACAAAGAAUGGACAAUGAAAUUAACUCAUUUUAACUCCUGAUGUUCAAGUUGCCUGAGUCCAGAGAGGCACACGCGUCCAGCAUGUCUCUGACCUACAACGGGACGUGGGACAUUGUCAGCAAUGACAACUUUGAGGGAUACAUGGUUGCUCUUGGCGUUGAUUUUGCAACACGCAAGAUUGCAAGCAUGCUGAAGCCUCAGAAGGUUAUUAAGCAAGACGGAGACUGUUUCACAAUCAGAACGUUCACUACCUUCAGAAACUAUGAGUGUUCCUUCAAAAUUGGAGAAGAGUUCAAAGAGGUGACUAAAGGAAUGGACAACAGAAGCUGUCAGACUGUGGUUAACUGGGAAAAUGAAAAGCUGGUAUGUGUUCAGAGAGGAGAGAAGAAGAACCGAGGAUGGACUCACUGGAUUCAGGGAGAUGAGCUUCAUCUGGAACUUACCUGUGAGGAUCAAGUCUGCAAGCAGGUUUACAAAAGGACUUUGUGAUUGUUUGUACCUUAAUGCAAACAAGAGUGG